CCUGCCAGGGAGGCUGAGGCACCGGCCGCCGCUGCCCGGCCUCCCCGCGCACCCGCCCCGGGGGGCAGCCAGGCGCCCGGGAGGAUGCGAGUGGGCGCCGCGGCCGGCGGCGAGGCGAGGGCCCGGGCGGCCGGCGGCGUUGGGAGUUCCCGGCUCACCCGCCGCCCCCCCGCCCCAAAAGAAGUGCAGUAGUUUGUGAAACGCAAGAUGGCGGCGCGGCCGUGAGCGGAGGCGGCCAGCAGGCGGGCAGGCAGGCGGGCGGCGCGGGCGGAGGGGGCGAGGCGCAGCGGCGCCCUCAGAUCAGGAUGUGCGGCACUGGAGAUCGACACCGACUUCGGUAAACCACGUAAUGGAGGCAGUUCUGGAUCUCUGAAAGGGCUCCGAGUAUCUGCAAUAGUGAACGUUACCUGGUGGUGGAAGUGGACUUUAAAACAGUGUGUCUCAACAUUUCAUCCUCAACUAUCUAUUUUUAAUCUGAUUGCACUACAGAAGAAAAGCUGCUAAUGGGAUAAAUGUUGAGACUUUACAAGAACUGACUUGAAGCACCCAAAGCCAUUAUUAUUAAUCGAGAAGAGCUUGAAGCUAAGUCUGACUCUGACCAGUCAGUAUCAUUUUUGCGUAACAGGCAUGGCAAGUAAACGAAAAUCAACAACACCGUGCAUGGUCUUAGCCAACGAGCAAGAUCCGGAUCUAGAAAUGGUAUCAGACUUGGAGGAAGGACCACCUGUACUCACGCCAGCAGAUAACCCUACAGCAGAGAGCGUAACAAGUGAUGAGGAUGCUCAUGAGUACGUGGAUUCAGACAAUCAGAAAAAUACAAAUAAAGUAGAAGGUGGUUACGAGUGUAAAUACUGUACUUUUCAAACUCCAGAUCUCAAUAUGUUUACUUUUCAUGUGGAUUCAGAACAUCCCAACGUAGUAUUAAAUUCAUCCUAUGUUUGUGUAGAAUGCAAUUUCCUUACCAAAAGAUACGAUGCUCUCUCAGAACAUAAUUUGAAGUACCACCCUGGAGAGGAGAAUUUUAAAUUGACCAUGGUGAAACGUAAUAAUCAGACAAUCUUUGAACAAACGGUAAACGAUCUCACUUUUGAUGGGAGUUUUGUUAGAGAAGAAAACACUGAACAGGCCGACUCUUCUGAGGUGCCCUCUUCAGGCAUCUCAAUUAGCAAAACUCCUAUUAUGAAAAUGAUGAAAAACAAACCCGAGACUAAACGUAUCGCUGUUUUCCACAAUGUAGUUGAUGACAUUCCUGGUGAAGAAAAGGGAACUGAAAAUGAGCCAAACUCUGAAGAAGUAGUAGCAGAAAACCCACCGCCAGCAGUUUCUGAGUCAAAAGCGAGCCAUUCGGUUGUUUGUAGUGCAGCAGACGUGGCCAGUGCAGUAGUGACUCCAGCACCAGUGCUUCAGCCUGGGGUGGCACAGGUUAUAACCGCUGUUACAGCUCCACAGAACUCAAACCUGAUUCCAAAAGUCCUAAUACCUGUAAAUAGCAUUCCAGCCUAUAAUACCGCUUUGGAUAACAAUCCUCUUUUGCUUAACACCUACAACAAAUUCCCAUAUCCAACCAUGUCGGAAAUCACUGUUCUUUCCACUCAAGCUAAGUACACAGAGGAACAGAUUAAAAUAUGGUUUUCUGCCCAGCGUCUGAAACACGGUGUGAGCUGGACGCCGGAGGAAGUGGAGGAAGCAAGGAGGAAACAAUUUAACGGCACAGUGCAUACUGUGCCACAGACAAUUACCGUUAUUCCAGCACACAUUUCUGCCGCUAGCAAUGGUUUGCCUUCAAUUUUACAGACAUGCCAAAUAGUUGGUCAGCCAGGACUUGUUCUCACUCAAGUUGCAGGUGCAAAUACGUUACCAGUAACAGCCCCAAUAGCUUUGACUGUAGCGGGAGUCCCAAACCAAACACAGUUACAGAAGAGUCAGAUUCACACCGCCCAGCCUGUUGCAGAAACGAAACAAGUAGCUGCUGUUCCUGCCCCUCAGCCUAUCAAAAAUGAGUCCGCGCUGAUAAAUCCUGACUCCUUUGGCAUCCGAGCAAAAAAAACAAAGGAACAACUGGCAGAAUUGAAAGUCAGCUACCUUAAAAAUCAGUUCCCUCAAGAUUCAGAAAUUGUUAGACUUAUGAAAAUUACUGGCCUGACUAAAGGGGAGAUCAAAAAGUGGUUCAGCGAUACACGCUACAAUCAGAGAAACUCAAAGAAUAAUCAUGGGAUUCAUCUCAACAGUGAUUCAUGUGCCACCAUUGUUAUUGAUUCAAGCGAUGAAAUGAAUGAGUCCCCAACGGGAGUCACUCCACAGAGCAAGUCAUCGUGGAGCACUUUUCCUGAUUUCACCCCACAGAAAUUCAAAGAGAAGACAGCUGAACAGCUGCAAGUCCUCCAAGCAAGUUUUCUUAAUAACCCUGUCCUUACCGAUGAAGAGAUGAAUAGGUUAAGAGCCCAAACCAAACUGACCAGGAGAGAGAUUGAUGCCUGGUUUACAGAAAGAAGGAAAUCAAAUGUCUUGAAGGAAGAGGGAGCUGACUUGAAUGAAGGCAAUGCUGGCAGCUCAAAAGAAGAGGCUGGAGAAACAUCUGUGGGAGAUGGAGCAGCAGGAGCAAAAUCAGGGUGUUCCACUUCAAGCAAAAUAGGCAAAAAAUCACCAGAGCAGUUGCAUAUGCUUAAAAGUUCCUUUGUCCGUACUCAGUGGCCAUCUCCACAAGAAUACAACAAGCUGGCAGAAGAAACUGGGCUCCCAAGGUCAGAGAUUGUGAGCUGGUUUGGAGAUACUCGCUAUGCCUGGAAAAAUGGUGGAUUGAAAUGGUAUUAUUAUUACCAGAGCGCCAACGCAAACAGUCUGAAUGGCCAAGGCUUUGCAAGGAAGAGAGGGAGAGGAAGACCAAAAGGGAGGGGGAGAGGGAGGCCUCGGGGGAGGCCUCGGGGAAGCAAGAGGUUAAAUUGCUGGGACAGAGGUGUGUCUGUCAUAAAAUUCAAAACUGGAACAGCAAUCCUGAAGGACUACUAUAUGAAGCACAAAUUCCUUAAUGAGCAAGACCUCGAUGAACUGGUAGCCAAAUCUCACAUGGGAUAUGAGCAGGUCAGAGAGUGGUUUGCAGAAAGGCAAAGAAGAUUAGAACUUGGAAUAGAGCUGUUUGAUGAGAAUGAAGAGGAAGAAGAAAUGCUGGAAGAUCAGGAAGAUGAGGAAGAAACGGAUGAUAGUGAUACUUGGGAACCCCCCCGACAUGUUAAGCGUAAACUUUCAAAAUCAGAUUGAUGUGCAAUUUGGGAUUUGGGGGCCAAAAACCUAUGAAUUAGGUUUGAUGUUACAGUGAAGAGCCAACUGAUUUUUCAUGGCCUUCAGUUUAGCAAGCACCUGCUUAGCAUCUUUCUUCCACCUAAAAGAACAUGGGCGAGAUGCUACCUGUGCAGGCAACAACUGUUUGCUUCCUUGCUACAAGAGAUGGACAUCCUCAGGCCUAGCCUAGGACAUGGGGUUAUAAACCAGAUCCAGUUCAGCUCCUCCUCUUCCACAUUACCAGUGGGAAGGUUGAUGUUCAUCAUUCAUGUGACUGCUUCUCAAUAUUUAAUUGCCUUAUGUUGUUUAAUUCCAAAAAACACACAGACGCAUUUUUUCAUUGAUGUAGGGGAACAUUGCCUGCUCAUGAAGGAGGAAAAUACAAAAACCUAAGAUGCCGUUUUGCAGACAUCGCUUCACCUGAAAGGUUUCAAGGCCUGAGUUUAUUUCUUAAGGAAAGAGUUCAAAACAAAAGAGAAGGGGAAAAGUGUGACAAAGGAAUCAAUGAACCUAGGGAUACCUAUCAUGAAACUUUCCCUAAAGAAUCUGCUUGAAUGACAGAAGAUUCAAGUCUUCAUCAGUGAUACGAAACGAUCAACCACAAGAGCUCCGUUACGGUUUUGAAAUGUUCCCCCCGCCUCCAGUUCCAGCUUACAAAAGUGUUUCCAAUUUUGCCGAGUUGGCUAUCUGCAUGUAUGCUUACAGUCUGUACAGAAAUGCACUAAAAUGAGUUGCCCUACCUGGGAAGGCUUUAUAUUGUAUAGAAAAUGUGGCACUAGGUACUGCUCUUCAUGUGCACAGGAGAGUUAACAGGUGUCGAUCUCGUUUACAGAAAUGAUGGCGCUUUGCAAUUUUCUAUAAUAUAUUGCAAUAUAUUUAAAUGUCCUGUUUGACAUGUGAAAUGAAAUUAAGUUAAUGCAUUGUUAUGUAUUUGAAGUAUGAGGAAGACGAUUCACUAACGACCAGCAAGGUUUUUAGGAGGUGUCCAGUAUGUAGGCGUCUGUGUGAUCUGUCUGGUGUAUGUGAUGUUAAAGGAAGCAACAAUACUGUCACUGUUUAGAAUGAAGAGUUUCUUUUGAAUGAUGCAAUAGCUUACAGUGUCUUUCCUUUGUAGCUGCCCAAUGUGGUGAAGGGGAAGCAAUUCUUGAAAAAGUUCAAGAUAACUGGUUAACUGUGAAUGGGCCUAAUCUUUCGUGAAACCAAGAAAAUUUUUGGACACACACAGGACUUGAAUACUGAAAAGGAUUGGAACUUAGUGUUGUGCCAAAGUUAAACUACUGCAGUUGGCAGAAGUUCUGCACUGUAAAUAGAAGACUGAUUAAAAGACAGCUUGUACAAAAAAAAAAAAAAUCAAAUUUUAAUACAGUACGUUUUUAUUCUGAUACAUGAUGGAAACAUUCUGGUUUAGACCUUUUUUGAAGAGGCUUCAGUGACCACUAGAUUUUGUCCUCUUAUAUUUUGUUUGGCCUAAUACUAUAUGUUCUAGUAAGAUGGGCUUUAUUGCCUGUGUUCUUUGAUAUGUGAUUAAGCUUAUAGCUUUGAGUGACCAAACAUUUUACAGAGUAAAAGUUCUUAGAAACAGUAUAACGUAACUGAUAUUUCUGUGUCUUAUUUAUCAGGCUCUGCACAAACUUGGAAAGUUGUGCCGGACUUGUACAACUCAUAUAUGGGAACGCAGCAUACUUCUGGAUAUUACAAACCUAAGCCUUUGUGGCAGUAUGGAUCUUGUCUUUGGAUUUAUUUUUGUUAUUUUUUUGAGGCAAAGAGACGAAUGGAUGCUGCUGUAAAAUAUUUGUAAUAUUGCCAUUAUUGCUUUCUGUAGCAAUUAUUGCUUUUGCUUCAACAGAUAAAGAAAAUAAAUCAGAGAUAGAAAAAUCCUAAAAGACGCUGGUAGAAGAAAGGAUCAUGUGAGAACUUCUGAAAAUAAACUUUGUACCAAAAAUUUGAAAACAGAAAUGAUAGAAUAAAUGUUUCCUUACUGAGUGUGUGUGGUUUUAAGAGGUGUUGUGGAAACCAGGAACUGCGUCUGUAUGAAAAUGUCACAAAUCAGAUCUUCUCAAACGUCUUUUUUUUUUUUCCUGUCGUUCAAAACUGAAUUUCCCCAGUUCCUCAGACGCAUUGAAUUUGGAGAACUGGCUUAGCCGAACAGCCAGCGUGAGGUCAGCUUCACGUGCCAGUCAGUACAGCUGCUUGUUUGCUGUGUCAGCAGCCCAGGGACCUUCACCUGAUUUUUCUCAUUGAGGCUCUUUAUUGUCGCAUUUAAAAUAUUUGGGGUGGGAAGACCAGAGCCGAGUAGGAGCCACCUCCCUGCUGAGGUCCGUGCUAUUUGGGAUAUCACCCUUUGUGGCUGUGUUUAACAUGUACCUUUUCCUCAGAGAAGAAGGGUCUGAGCUGAGCGCUUUCUGUUGAGCACCGCGUCUCCGGCGAGCCCGACUUGCCGUCGCUCCCCGAAGCUCCCUGCCGGAGGCUCUGCAGCAGUCCUGCAUCAGCAGGACCUAUCGCACCCGGCCGCUUCAACUGUUGCGCUGCAACCGGAGGGGCUGGAGACCCGGUCUUCCCUGCAGGACCCCGGCAUGGUGCCUACAGACCUAUCCCCGCCUGAGAAAAAGAUGUUUAAGGCGAUAGAAUCGUUCCUGCGCUGUAGCUUUUGCCGGUCUUGAAAAAUUACACCCCUAGCUGAAGUAGUGACCUGUGCACAGGCCUGGAGAUGAGCGCUGGUAGUCGGCACGGCUUGGUGUUCCGCCAAAUAGUUCUACUCGGUUCGGUGAGAAAAAGGCGGGGGGGGGGAGGCGAAAGAAUGCUUAUUCAAGAAUCUGUCAGCUAAUGAGGGAGUUAUGAAAAGCCCUGGAUUAUGCACACAGUCACCUUUUUUUUUAAACAGUUACCUUUUUUGUUUACAGUGUUAUCAGCGAUUCCAAAAUGCUGCAAUUCAGUCUAUAUUUUCACAAGAGACCAGCUGGCCUUGUGGGUUGUUUCCCCUCUCCCAGCCUCCUCUUCCCAGCCCCUUCCAUCUCCCAUUUGUUUUCAUAACAAUACUGUCAACUACUAUUUUUAAGAAUUUAAAAUACCAAGCCACUUUGUGCGCUGCCUUAUUUUAUUAUUUUUUUUUACACCAGAAAGUCCCCUCUGGAGCAAUGUUAAAUCGCUCCCUGUGGGCUCGGCGUUGCUUUGAAAUGCUGCUGGUGGUAGGCUUUAGUCUGUCGGAUGAUCGUUUCUACAUUUUUGGUUGUUAAAUGACCUGUUGCACUUCAAAUACUGUAAAAUGAAACCUUGAUUAGAUUUAUAUGUUUCUACUGCAAUAAUGUUGAACUGUUAGCAUUGUGACUAAUUCGUCUCCCAUGUGUGUUUCUUUACAGGCUCAGUGCUGAGCUGACGUUCAUUACCUUAAAAUAUUUAUUUGGUAGAAGAAAGAAAAGACGGAAAAAGGGAAUUAAAUUGUGUGUGGCACCUAGUUGAUUUGUGUCUUUGGGUGAAAAUAAAGACCGGUGUGUUGCAGUGUGACCGGCAGUCCUGGAGGAGUGGGAAAGGAACAUGUGAGUCCAGUGUAUGUGAGAAGAGCAGACGCUGUAGCUGUUCAGACGCUAACGCUGACCUCCGCAGACUGACUCCUGCACACUCUGUCUCUGUCCUGCCGGAGCUCAUCACACUGGUCUGCCUGCAGAGGAAGACAGAUGGUUUUGGCAUGCAUAUACACGCAGCUCUGACUGUGCUCGCUUACCUUGACGCUUGUAACAAAAAGACAGAAGCAUGUCAAGCAAACUCCUGAUUCUCUCCGGGCUUACUUGCUAAGCAGUUUCCUAUGUUCAGGAGGGCUUGUUUGCCAAACAGCAAGUUUAAAAGCAAAAGAAACCUCAGUCCCCUUUAUUUUCUGAUAAAAUCUACCUGCCAAAGUCGAGUUUCUACCCAGGGUUUUAUGCCAGCUGUUGCUACAUCCAGUCACAGCUAUGCUGGUGUGGAAGGAUAUUUUGAGCAUACAUCCACUUAAAAAGAAGAAAAAAACCCUAACCCAGAACCCACAUUUUACAUGUCUACU